AUGGAACAGGGAUUGGCCAGUGGAUCUAGUGAUUUUCCUCUCCCACAUGACAAUUAUCCAUAUUGGUUAACCCAUAAAGGUGAAGGACAUUCAGUAAUUUUCAAUGUGCCUCAAGAUAGUGAUUGUCACCUCAAGGGAAUGGCUUUAUGUGUUGUUUAUUCUUCAACUCCUGAAAAUAUGGAAAUUGAAUAUCUUAGUGUCUUGAUUGCUAAUCAUACAAAGUGCACUAUCCAGAUAUACAAGCGAGAGACACCAAUUUCCUUUAAUGAUGAAGAGUGGCUGGACAUAUUGUCGAAUCUAGAACCUGGUGACUUAGUGGAGAUUUUGGUAGUUUUUGAGCUUGGAUUGACCAUAAAGAAGACUGCAGUCUAUCUAUUAUAUGGUGAUUCAACUAGCGUGAAAAUGGAGCCUACAGCAAAGCCAAAGAAAAGUCUCCUUAAAACAUUUGUAAAGAAAGUGACAAAGUUGGCCAUCUUUGAUUAG